AUGCAAGUGAAGAGUCGCAGCGAAGGCGAAGCGGAAAAGAAAAGGUCCAGUGCAUGCAGCGGAAUGGAAACUCCGGAGGAAGAGCUGUUCCCGCGGGUCACUGCAGCAAGCCUCAGCAGCGGCUGCACUUUGCUGCUGCUGCGGACGCCGCAGCAGCUGCUGCUGGGCCUCGACCUGGCGCAGUGGCGCGUCGGCCCGAACUUCAAGGGCGUGCGCAACAUCGACUUUGGCUGCCACUUCCUGCACUGGGCCGCAGCAGCGCCGCCCGCAGCAGCAGCAGCAGCAGCAGCGCCCGCAGCAGCAGCAGCAGCAGCAAGGUGCACGUACACGCAAAUGCGCGUGGAGGAGGCCCUCGGCAGCACGGGGCAGCGCGGCGAGUUUCUGCACUUCAGCGCGGCGCAGCGGACAAUAGUGCGGGAGUGGAGCAGCAGCCUGGGCCGCUUCCUGCCGCUCGAAGCAGCAGCAGCAGCAGCAGCAGCAGCAGCAGCAGACCGCCUCGAGUUCCUCCCCCACCUCGGCCUCUACCCCAGCUUCCUCCGCCCCAAGUGGCGCGCCCUCGCCGCCCACAUUUCCGCAGCCGCGCAGCGGCAGCAGCGCCGGCGCGCGCGCAGGGGCGCGGAGGGGAAGCGCGGAGACGGCGAGGGCAGCGGCGACGCCGCCGCUGCACCCGGCCAAGCAGCAGCAGCAGACGCAGCAGCAGCAGACGCCGCAGCAGCAGACGCAGCAGCAGCAGCAGCAGCGGGAGGGGAGGAGGAAGCCGCGCGGGAAAGGAGGGAAGCAGCAGAAGCUGCUUCCUGCCGGAUGUUCUACAUGGACGUGCGUCCUGCGCGGAGUGCAGCAGUUGCUGCUGCGCGCUGCGCCGCAGCAGCAGCGCGGCGCACCGGCCUGGACGCCGCCGCUGCUGCUGCUGCUGCUGCUGCUGCAGUGACCGCGCAGUGCACCGACCGCUCCGACGCGCUGCUGCUGCUCAUCCGCGAACACCAGGAAGGCUUUGCUGCUGUUCUCGCCGAACUCCAAAUGGCCUUCAUUGCUGUUGUCCUUGGCCACCACUACCCCUCGCUGGUCCACUGGAAGGACCUUCUCCAGCUCGUUUGCAACUCCGAGAGGGCCCUUUACCUCUACCCCGAGCUGUUUAGCAAGUUCAUUGACACCUUCUACGCGCAGCUGGAACAAGCCCCCGACGAGCUCACGGAGUUGGAGCCGCUGCAGCAAAACAAUUUGCUGACGAGCUGCUGCGCUGCGCUGCUGGAGUUCUGCUGCAGCGUAGACAGACAAGCUGCCAGGGCCGCGCUGAAGCAGCAGCAGGUGGAAGCAGCAGCAGCAGCAACGCCUGCUGCUGCUGCAGCGGGCAAAGCUGCACCCACCAGACGCCGGGAAGUCCACGACCGGCACCCAGACGCAAUGCAAACGGAACAAACGCAGCAGCAACCACCAGCAGCAGCAGAAGCAACAGCACCCGCAGCAGAAGCAGCAGCAGCAGCACAAGCAGCAGCAGCAGAAGCGGAAAUCGACAGGGCGGUGGCCGCGCGGCUGGCGGCGCUGGAGCCGCAGUACAAAGAAGUGGAAGCAGCAGCAAAGCGGCUGUGCGACCUCGUGAGGAUUCUUUUCAAAACGGACGAAAAGAGAAAAGGAGAAAUGAAAAACUUUUCGGAAAUGGAACAAGUACUGCUGGCGCUGCAGGGAGAUGAAGGACCCGUCGUCGUCGGCUGGACGGAAGACGCCGCCGACAGCAGCAGCAACAACAAUAAUAAUUGUGAUAAUAAUGAUAAUAAUAAUAAUAAUAAUGGCGACAAUAAUGGCAAUAAUGAGGACAGUAGUGGCAAAAAAGAUGCGAACUUGAAUAGUUGUGACGCCGGCGACAGCGCGGAGGCGGAGGGAAAGAUGCAAACGGACGCGUGA